GCAGGGGGUGCGGGCCGGGCGCUGGGGGUGCGGGCCUGGCGGCGGCGGAGGCGCAGUCGGGGCACAGUCCCGCGGUGGGAGGCGGCCUGGGCCCGGUGCGCGGGGAGAAGGCUGAUGCUGGGGCUGCCACACGCAGGGUCUGGAGGAGGCGGCGCAGCCCAGCCCCGGUUGGGGCGAUGGCAGCAGCCCGGGGCUCGUGGGGGGAGAGAUUCCCCAGGGAAACGCAUUGGAGGGAAAUUAAAACAGAGGAUACAAAAGACUCUUUCUGUGCAUGAGCCCAGGGUCUGCAGGUUUCUGUUACCAGAUGGCGGCUCCGACAGGUGUUGCCUUAGCCCUGCCCUGCUCAGGGGCCGCUGGGCCAUCAGGCUGACGCUGGCGCCCAGAACCUGUGUCCCCGGAAACUGUCUCUGCGGUCCCCGCCCUGAAGAAAUGGACUGGGACCAGCUGGACCUGAACCCCAGAAUCGUCGCUGCAGUGAAGAGAGCCAAACUGGCAUCCGUGAAGGAGGUGCUGCACUUUUCCGGACCAGACCUGCAGCGGCUGGCCGGCCUCUCAGGCCCCGACGCGCAGCACCUGCUCAGGACGGUCAGCUGGCACCUGCGGGGAGGCAGCCUCUGCACAGCACUGGACCUGCAGCAGCAGAAGGGGCGCUUCCCCGAGCAGCACCAGCGCCUGAGCCUGGGCUGCCCGGUGCUGGACGGGCUGCUCCGCGGCGGCCUGCCCCUGGGCGGCAUCACCGAGCUGGCCGGCCGCAGCUCGGUGGGGAAGACCCAGCUGGCGCUACAGCUCUGCCUGGCCGUGCAGCUCCCGCGGCGGCUGGGAGGCCUGGAGGCCGGGGCCGUGUACGUGUGCACCGAGGACGCGUUCCCCGACCGGCGCCUGCAGCAGCUCAUGGCGCAGCAGCGGCGUCUGCGGACGGACGCUCCGGGCCACGAGCUGGAGGAGAUGCGCUUCGGCGACCACAUCUUCAUCGAGCACGUGGCCGACGUGGACGCGCUGCUGGAGUGCGUGCGGAGGAAGGUGCCACUGCUGCUGGCGCGGGGGCUGGCGCGCCUGGUGGUCAUCGACUCGGUGGCGGCCCCGUUCCGCUGCGAGUUCGCCGGGCCGGCGGCCGCGCGCAGGGCCCCGGCUCUGCAGGCGCUGGGGGCCGCGCUGCGCCGGCUGAGCUGCACCUUCCGGAGCCCCGUGCUCUGUGUCAACCAGGUGACGGAGGCCGUGGAGGAACAGGACUCGGUGCCCGGGGCCCCAGGGGAGCGCCUGGCUCCAGCCCUCGGCAUCGCCUGGUCCAACCAGCUGCUCAUGAGGCUGGUGGCCGACCGGCAGCGCCCCGAGGAAGCUCCGGGGGGCCGCCCCUGCCGCACGCUGAGGGUGGUCUUCGCCCCCCACCUGCCCCCCUCCUCCUGUUCCUACACCGUUUGCGCCGAGGGCGUGCGAGGGACGCCCGGGACCCAGUCCUGCUGACCGGGUCAGCCGCCGGCCUCCCAGAGGCGGCGCCUGAAACGGGGGCACCAAACAGCCAAGGACCUGCCACACCCUCUGCCACCCUCACCGCGAGGGGACAGCCACCCCUGGGACGGGACCGCUGUUUGGACACCUUCCUGGGACAAGGUGGCCCAUUUAAAUGCCAUCACAUCCCCUGCCGGCCGGUGCCCUGUGAGGUGGGGCCGGUGUGGAGGAGGCGGCGCCUGCAGGGCUGGCAGCGUCAGGAGAGGUGGGGGCCUCACAGGCAGUGGGAAGUGAAGCUUUAUUUUUGUAACAAAAUACAAACAAUUGCAAACGAUUUUCUAGUCAAGUCACAAUGGGAACAACUACAGCCCCAGAACCGACGUUUCCAAUGACCCAGUCAUCUGCUCCCCCUCCCCACCCAGGGCUGCCCGCGCAGCACACAGGCCAGGAGCCCAGUCCCUAAGGAGCACCAGCCUGCCCCCCCAGGCCUCAGCACCCCCAUGUCAGACCUGCACCCACCCCACCCCCUCAGUCAGCCCCGCUGGGGACCACAUUCCCCCUGGGGCGGCUCCUUUGGGACCAGCUGGUCUGCCCGUGACCAGCUGCCAAGUGUGCACAUGAGUGGGUGCCAUGAAGCCUGCACCGUCCACUCCAAGAACACGCUACAUGGCGAGACCGGUCCUGCCCUACAUGCAGGUCCUUCGUGUCCGCAAUUCUCCGUGAGCGCCGAGUCCCGUCACAUGACACACCCCUCCCAGCUUUUGGACCCCAGGACCAAGCUGCCUGCACCCCUCCCCACAAGGCCGCUGGGUCAGCAGCCUGCUCCCACGCCCUGCCCUCGGGCUCUGGUUCAGGCGCUUGAGGGGUGGGGCCUGUGUGCCCUCAGGGUGGCCCCCGGGAACACAUGGCCCAGGGCACACCGCCUGCUCUGAGAAGGGGAGACGGGCAGCAGGCCUGGGCCCUGGGCAUGGAGUCGUCACCCCUAACCCUCCCAACCUGCGAGGGCACAGCGCGCUGUCCCCUGGCGGAUGGCCCGGCAGCAGAGUCCCGGUCCGUUCUCCUGGGAGCCGCGCUGAGGGGUGUUUUUACAUUAAAGACUAUUUUUUCAUUAGCAAAAUACGUCUAAUGCUAUUCUCUGCUCAUAAACCAAAAUGUGUAACACAUUUCAUGACUUUACGUUUAAAGGAAGCAAUUCACACAUAUAGUUUUCUCCCCUCAACACCUUACACUCCUUAACAGAACACCCAAACCGCCUACAACUGAACCAGCUCAGACAGGCGUGGAGUCGCUACCUGCUCCCACCUCAGGUGCCGUCCACCAGCCACUGUCGCUUUAGAGCUGAAGUGACCGCGCCCUGGCGGGGCUGCGCUGUCUGCACCAGGACUCGUCCGGAGCGUGGGGGCUGAGGGCAGACCCGGGCCCUCGGCAGCACGAAGUCCUCGCGGAAUGAGCUGCAGAAGCAAAGCCCUCCCUCCCCGCCAAGUGACCCUCCGCUGUCCGCCAGGACCAGGGCACGCUGAGCCCACGGGCGUGGCUCUCCCUCCAAACGACAAAACGGGCCACGUCCAACCGCAGCACCGGGAGCCCUGACCUCCCGUCGUCUGCUACUCACUGGCCAACGGCCUUUCCCAGGAAAGCCACACAGCCUGAUCCCCCGGACAGACGGAACGGGCUCCUCGCCCUGCCCGGCCGGGCACCGCAGACCCACCUGACCGGGAGCUCGGGCCUGGCGCCCACACCUGCUCCCGCGGCCGGGCCCGCGGUUUGCAGUCGCCGGACCAGCCGCGCGCUACCACCAGGGAGCCUGCUGGGGGCGGGGGGCGGGGGCACAAGGUGCCGGAACUCAGGACUGCGUCUGCACUGCCCGGAGGCGCUGGCGCAUGCUCACGGUGAAGACCACAGGGCCAGUUACUGCUGUCACCUCACCGGGCACCUCACGGGGAAAGACGACGUAUAUCUUAUGGGAUCAAGUCUCUUUGUGGGAAAUGCACUAUUUUAGCGAGAGCGAGGAAGGGAGAGAGAAACGUUGGUUUUGUCGUCCCACCAUGUGAGACAUUCGUUCAUGUGCCCGGAGCGGGAUCGAACCCACAGCCCUGGCGGAUGGGGAUCGCGCUCUCCACCGGAGCCACGGCGAGGCUGGGGGAAGUCUCCACGUCACUGAGCGUUCCCCAGCGGUCACCGGGCGUCCCCGCAGGCAGGCCUGCACCUGAUGUGUCAGAGUACGCGCUGUCGGGCUGGGGGGGCCACGCGGUGCCCACGCCGUGACCGCUGGGAAAGAGGAGGAAGACGUGCGGACAGGAAGGAGGGCCCAGGUCACAGGAUCAGGCCAGGACUGGGCUUCGCAGUGAAAAGCGCCCACACACAGACCCCGGAGCGAGCAGCCAGUGCCCUGGACGAGGCCUGGACGGAGCGCCUGUCCAGGUCACCGCGCCCCCGGCUCGGUGCUGCCCGCAGAGACGGCUUGUCCGUCUGCAUCCGCACCCGCUCUGAGAAAGUGCUCCUCCACACGCGGGGACAGCAGCAGCUUUAAAGGGGAGGAUGUCACUCCAAAGGUGGGCAGAGCCGCCUCCCCUCCCCUCCCCGGCCGGGCCCGCACCGGCUCUUCCUCAGGUUCUCCAGCCGCCCCGGGCUCAGGCCACCGAGCGGCAAAGCCGGCAACAGCCGCUUCCUAACACUCGCCCUCCUGCCUCAGGCCCUGUAAGGCACACGUCCCACGGGGAGGCCGACCGCAUGCCUGCCGGUCCCCGGCCAGCGAGGAGCGGGCGAUCAGGCAGAGGCGCCUGGCCGUGCGCGUGUGGUGAGGGGGCCGCCCGCCCGCCGAGGCCUCGGUUCGAUCCGGUCGGGGCGCGGUGUGGAGGCCACCCAUCCAGUGUCUCUUACACUCCUGUUUCGCUCUCCCCUCCCCCUUCCGUCCUGGGAAAUCAAGGGGAAAGCACCUCCGGUGAGGACGGCAAGAAAAGGGAAGGAAACACGUGAGUGGGCACCUAACCUCCUGGUCGCCAAUGUAGCCAGGAGCCUGCUCUCAGCCCCAGAAGUGAGCUUCGUCCCCAGACCCGCCAGUGGGAUCGCCUGCAAAACAGUCCUACUGGCCACCAGAGCGGCGCCGCUGGCUGGCUGGUUCCAUCCCCAUUCGGGGCACAUGCCCGGGGGUGCCCAAGGGCACGUACGAAAGGCCACCGAUCCAUGUUUUCUCCCCCACAUGGAUGGUUCUCUCUCCGUUCCUCUCUCAGCAUGUCCUCGGUGAGGAUGAA